CGUGGGCGGCUGGCCGACCAGCAGAGAGGAAAGAGAAACUGGGAGAGGAAGAGAGAAAGUGAGGAGAAUCUGAAAGAGAGAAGCAGCCGACAUGAGGGCCAUAGAGAGAGAGGAAGAGGAAAGGAUUGAGUGAGAGGGAGGGAACGAGCUGGAGACUUGAGAGACUGUGAGUCGGAGAGAGAAGAAGAUUUGGGCAGAAACAGAUACACUGGAAGAGAAAGUGAUUGGGGGGCGGGGGGAGAGAAUGAGUGACAGAGAGACUGGAAGAGAUAGAGAUUAAAGAGAGACAGGAGGUGAAACUGGAGACAGAGACAGUCUACAAGAAAGAGGAGAGACCAGAGAGACGAGAGACAGAAAGUGUGAGUGAGCAGGUGAGAAGGGGACUGAGGAUCACAACAGGCAGAGAGGCUCCCGCACUGCCCUCCUGCCCCUGUUCCUGGGACCCCAGAGCCGCCUUUGAUGGAGGAGGGCAGACCUCGGAGCAGCCUCAGCCUGGCCAGCAGCGCCUCUACAAUCUCCUCGUUCAGCAGCCUGAACACCAAGAGGCCCACCAGGGCGGUAAGCAAGGUGCACGCCUUCGGGAAGAGGAGCAAUGCACUCAGAAGGGAUCCUAACCUCCCCGUGCACAUACGAGGCUGGCUUCAUAAGCAGGACAGCUCCGGGCUCCGGCUCUGGAAACGACGCUGGUUUGUCCUCUCUGGCCACUGCCUCUUCUAUUACAAGGACAGCCGCGAGGAGAGCGUCCUGGGCAGCGUCUUGCUCCCCAGCUACAGUGUCAGACCAGAUGGGCCAGGAGUCCCCCGAGGGCGGCGGUUCACCUUCACCGCGGAGCACCCGGGAAUGAGGACCUACGUUCUGGCUGCCGAUACGUUAGAGGACCUGCGGGGCUGGCUACGGGCCCUGGGCCGGGCCUCCCGCGCGGAGGGGGACGAUUGUGGGCGACCCAGGUCACCCGCACGUCCCCAGCCUGGGGAGGGCCCUGGCGGCCCUGGCGGGCCCCCGGAGGUGAACAGAGGGGAUGAGAAGCACAGCUCAGAAUCACCGGAGGUGGCUCGGCUCUCCAGGGGUCGCGGCCGACCUGGGCUGCUCAGCCCCAGCCCCACAGCUGACCUCCAGUCUGGACACCGGAUUCGGAGAACUAGGAGCCCAGACCUGUUCACACCCCUCUCCCGUUCUCCCUCCCCUCUGAGCCUCCCUCGGCCCCGUUCUGCUCCUGCACGCAGACCCACUCCCUCAGGUGAUACAGCACCCCCUGCCAGACCCCAUACCCCGCUAAGUCGCAUUGAUGUCCGGCCUCCCCUGGAUUGGGGCCAUCAGCGCCAGGCCCUCUCCCGACCCCCUACUCCUCGCCGAGGACCCUCUUCGGAGGCUGGGGGAGGAAGGCCCCCCAGGAGUCCCCAGAACUGGAGUCAGGAGGCCAGAACAACACAGGCCCCAUCUGGCUCCUCUACGUAUCUCCAGCUCCCCCCAAGAGCUCCUGGGACCCAGGCUUCCAUGGUUUUAUUGCCGGGUCCCCCCCUGGACUCAACCUUCCACCAAAGCUCAGAGACAGAUACUCUGUUGACCAAGUUGUGUGGGCAGGACCGGCUCCUGAGGAGGCUACAGGAGGAGAUAGACCAGAGGCAGGAGGAGAAGGAACAGCUAGAAGCAGCCCUGGAGUUGACCAGGCAGCAGCUGGGCCAAACAACCAGGGAGGCUGCAGCUCCUGGGAGGGCUUGGGGGCGCCAGCGCCUCCUGCAGGACCGACUGGUCAGUGUGAGGGCCGCUCUUUGUCACCUGACCCAGGAUCGAGAGCGGGUUUGGGACACAUACAGCAGCCUGGAGCAGGAGCUGGGCACAUUGAGGGAGACCCUUGAGUACCUGCUGCACCUCGGGUCCCCCCAGGAUAGAGCAUCUGCUCAGCAGCAGCUAUGGAUGAUGGAAGACACACUGGCAGGUCUGGGAGGCCCCCAGAAACCACCCCCUCACACUGAGCCAGACUCCCCAUCUGUGGCACUGCAGGGCGAGGAGUCCUCGGAGAGAGAGAGCCUGCCUGAGUCUUUGGAACUGAGCUUACCCCGGUCCCCCGAGACUGACUGGGGGCGGCCCCCAGGGGGUGACAGAGACCUCACCAGCCUUCGCUCAGGACUUGGAUCUUCAAGGGUCUCCCGGGCUUCCAGCCCUGAGGGUCUCCACCCGCCUUCCCCGCAGCCUGGAAACAAGGCUCCCCUAGCCAGGCCCCGGAUGAGUGCUCAGGAGCAGUUGGAGAGAAUACGCAGAAACCAGGAGUGUGGACGGCCUCUCCCUCGCCCGGCUUCGCCUUGGCUUCUUACCCUGGGGAGGACGCUGUCCCCGGCCAGACGCCAGCCUGACGUGGAACAUAAGCCUUCCCUAGGACACUCAGGAGCCCAGAAAUGGCUCAGAAGCUCUGGGUCCUGGAGCAGUCCAAGGAGCACCACUCCUUAUUUGCCAACACCCGAAGGUCACCGGGAGCGAGUCCUCAGCCUCUCCCAAGCUCUGGCCACUGAGGCGUCGCAAUGGCAUAGAAUGAUGACAGUCUCUAAAGGUGGAGAUUUGGAUGCUCGAGGAGACCCUCUUCCCCCUGCGCCACCGCCUCCGGCGGACCCCACGCCCCAGUCGACCUCGCCCCCAAGAUCUCCGGCGGCUAAUUCCGGCUGCACCGGUUUCUCCAGACGUGGGAAGGGGCGCGGCGCCGGCCCGGCUUCCUGGGAGCCCACGUGGGAUUCCGGGGCCGCGCCUCCGGCCCUGACCCAAGACGAGGGGGCGUGGCCUCUGCGAGUCACUCUGCUGCAGUCCAGCUUCUGACUGCCCGCCCCCAACACCGCAGCCAAUCGGGGGCGUGAGGGCGUGGCCUGGAUUCACGGCCCGGGGACCACCUCUGGGCGUGGUCUGGUCCCCUCCGUGAGCCUAGGAAGGGAGUGGUGUUUCUGUGGCCACAGUUUGGUUUUCUCAACACUUGUCCAAAUUCGGAUUAAAACUUUGAACUUUUA